AUGGGACAAAGGCCGCAUGAACCCCGAAAAGUCUGCCUUAUAAGUGAUACCAAAUGCGAAAAAUCCAAGGCCAAACCGAAACACAAGCCAAAAGCGUCAUCGACAAGUCCUUUACAACGAGGCCCUCGUUCAUCGCCGCUCGUGCCGCAGUCUGACUUGUUUAGGCGAAAUCAUGAGGAGCUCGAUAGAGAGCGCGGUCGCGACCGUGAAGUAAAACCUAUUCAACGAGACCGCCGCGACAGGGACUUCGAUUCUUGGGAGCGUUAUGUGCGUGAGCGCGAGCGCGAUCGCUCCAGGGAUGUCCGCAGGUCUUCCCGGGAGAGGGUUGAUGAAGAGAGGGCAUCAUAUCAUUCAAAGCGAUCUAAGAAAACCGAGGGGCAUGCAAUCCGGUCCUCAGUUAUGGACCUGGGAAAUCCGUCUUUUCAAUCAAAAGACGACAAAAAGAGGUCCAUCAGCAUCGUUGGCGAGUUCUCUAGUCGUCUUGCAAAGUUGUGCAGCCAGCUGGUUCAAGAUUCGUGUCAGCUUGAUAAGGAAGAAGACAAAUUGAAGGCAUUUACGGAGUUGUCUACCGAGCUUUCUAAAGCUGCGCCGUCGACUGCGAUGGCGGUGACUCCUGCUUUGGCAGCCGUUAUAACAAGUCACGCAAAAUCCAAAGAGCGCGUGGCAGCGCGCGUUAGAGAACUAGAUUCUCUGUGGGAGAGCCUGCUCUCAAAUGUUGUGACGACCAUUGUCAAAACGACAGAUAUCAACUUGGAGCGCGCCAUCGCAUUGUUGCAUAAAGAAACGGAUGCGGCUUUGCAGCCAUAUUUUCGAUCUCACAGUCCGCUCUUGCUCAAACGGAAGGCACAUGACCAAUCCUGGGGGGAGCUGGGCGAGCUAUUAGAGUUGAAGGACACUUCAGUCGGCGAUGAUAGAGAGAAUGGAGCAACUGCUGCUGAACAUGGGUCCAAAGCAUUAUCGCGAUCGCCAGAUUUGAAACGUCGUCGGAUGGAAUUAUCUUCGCCGACAGCGUUUCCUGUGAAGGAGGAAAACGUUGACUAUAGAGGUUUGCUGGAGACGAUGAAAUCGUCCUUGGCUAUGCAGACGCGCACACUGGAACUGCUUGCCAAGGAAAAAACAACUGAUAUUGCAACAAUCGUGGACAAUUUGAUGAAUACCGACAACACCAACUCCCCUACUUCCACUGACAGUGAUGCUGUCAAUUGCUCAACUGCGAGAGUCUACUUCGGUCCAGUGCAAUCACCGGAGAAGAGACUCAUCGCUAGCGAGGUCACGCGAAGACGUACACUCAAUAUUGAUACCGUCGACUCUCUCCUUCGUCCAUCGGGACUGCCUGCUCUCCUCGCCCCUCCAUCGCCACAGGAAACCACGCGCGCACCGGAUGAAGGUGACGAACGAAGCGACGAAGAUGCAGAUGAGAUCUUUGAUGUGGCUGCUCACCUAUCUCGUGAAGACACGCCUGAGAAUGAUUCCUUGAGCCAGAACGAACCAUCCUCUGUUCUUGCAAGUCGAAUUAUGCGGGCUUGCGAUAAUCCUUCCCCUCCUCCGCGGGCCCAUCCCACCAUUUACUUUGGUCUUGUGACGAGGGAUGGACGCACACCAUUUCCAGAUAUAUCUGCACCCCCUAGUCCGUUUCGCCCCAUAAAUUUGCGUGAGAGACUGAGCCAGCUCUCCGCGACAGAACGUGCUUUGUCACCUGAACCACCUCAGCGUCAGGCUUUCUAUGAUCAGAAUCCGCCUCCACAGGAUUCUGCUGGUAACAUCUCUCAGCCCGAUCUCAUCUCAUUUGAAUCUUGCUCCACUCUAGUCAAGACUGCGGAACCUUCUGCAGAAGGAUGUCCCCGUGGCUCUCCAAUCCAAACUUUAUCUUCCAGUGUAGAUGAUCUCCCCUCGCAAUCCCCAGAGCAUCCUUCUGUCAUACCUACCCCUCCUCGUGUAAACGGCUCAGAACAGUCUAGUUCCCUGGACAGCCCAGAUAAGCUUCCUCAGGGGUGUGCACAGGCUGACGCGGAGUCUAGACCGCCAUACCCCAGUUUUCCUUCGCCGUCAGUCGCCACCUCCGGCACACCGGAUAUUUCUAAGGAACAUGCAAGAUCACCCGUGCGACGAUCAGCACGCCUUAGUGGGACUCCACGCCCCAACCAAACGACCCACGUACAGCAACCUUCGGAAACACCGAAAAUCAAAGGAAAAUCAAAGGCGACAACGCUUGCGCCCGAGGGGGAAAUUCCCCUGAUGCGGGAUGACCAAACUGUUGAUCACGGCGACGCAGAUCCUUACCCUGAUAUUCAAAGAUUGGUAGAAGAAAAAGAGAGACGACGAUCACGAAGACGGGGAUUAAACGGGAAACACGACACCCCCAAUUUGCAAAGAGAAUUGGGGUCCCUUUCUCCUCAGUCCGCGGAUGUCUUAACGCGUUUGUUGCCGUCCGAGCGAUCUACGCCACUCCAAGAGGGACAAGGCCAAAGUCAAAUUCUCAGCAGCCAAAUUCUCCCUCUGGUCACUGUACUGCGGCCACUUGUCGUUGCUCCGACGCCUAUUCGUCCGAAUGGGAGUCUAGGUUCUUCCUCUCAUCUUAAGUUUUCCUUGACCGUCGACGAUGCGUCUCGCACACCAGCGAGGAGGGUGCCCAUUCAAGAUGCCUUCGUGCAGGGCUCUGCAUCCUCACAAAACACAAUGCUAUUGUCUGCGAAACGGGAUGCGUCGACACGGUUUAUGGGCAUGCGUGGACCCGUCUUUUCGCGCCCUGCGUUGGACGAUCCAUCCCGUAGCCCCGCUAAGCGUAUCCUAAUCACAGAUCUUAACAGUCCUGUGCGCUCACCAACUCGACCAGCAGGUGCGAGGGCCCGAAGUACCUCAACGGAACCGAAACCCAUUGUCUUUCAGCCUCUACGAAGUCAUUCUGUUGAUCCAUCACCCGGUGCCGCUGACAGCAAAGGCAAAGAGCCUGUAUUCCCUAAAUUUUCUUCCAAGCCGAAAUCUGGCAUCAAAUUGCCGUUCCCUCUUGCGGAAGGAUCUGAGGCUGUUGGAGAACAUUUGGUUGCUAACCAGGCCGCGUCGUCGUCCAGUCCUGUGAAGUCUGGCUUGAAACAGCCCUCUGUUGGUAGUCGCAUACCACGAAUUGGCGCCAAGCCUUAUGCUAGACCACAGCCAAAGAAACCGAUUUUAUCUACAGCUACGAAGUUGCCUGCCUUUGGUACUGGACCGCGUGCCCCACUUUUCAAAUCAGUUCCCGCUGGCAAUGGCAACAGCAGUUCCGAAGAGUCGUCUGCCAUCGCCCCGCCACCAAACCGAAAAUUUGAUGGGAAAUUUGUAGCAGAGCCAUCAGUGCUCUCGACACUGAAGCGAAAGCGUGGCACAGAAGAGACUGUCUUAUCUCCCCCUACUCACCCUGUGAUGGUCCGUCAGGUUGUCCCCGGAAUGCUUGGGGGCAAGUAUGCCCCCAAAGCAACACCUGAAACCCUACCAACGGCUCCUCUACCAGAACCGAGCCCUCGGAAGCCGCCUGGCCCUAUGAAGUUCCGCAAAGUUGAGCCCGGAGUCAUAUCAGCACGUUAUGCAGCACCCUCCAAACCGACUGCAUCUGACUCUCCAGUUGCCGAUGACCGCAGCAGCAGCCCGCAGAUCCUGAUUGUGUCUGAGGCACCAAUCACCCGAUCAUCUUCACCUCCCAAUUCCACCUCCUCGCCUGUUCUACCAGAACCUGAACCCGCAAAGCCAUCACAUGAUGUUGUUGAGCCCAAAGAAACAGCGGAAACAUCUUCAUAUCGGCCACCAGAGAACCGAGGUCGGGGCCGUCGAACGUCUCGACGCAAGCAUGCAGCGCAGCAUGCCAGCGACGUUUUUGGUCCCUCCACAUCAACGCAACCUCUCCAGCUUCGACGUUCACGGCGCUCUGAGGGCGACGGCUUCAUGGGGAUGAGCGCAGUUGCCCUCCAAGCUCUCACUACUUCCAACACCACAAAGAACCAGGAAAUUUUCGCGAAGCUAGAAAGAGAGCAGAGAGAGAUGAGGGAUCGCCAACGACUUGAACGAGCUGAGCGGAGGGCGAGGCGGAGUGAAGACGGGCCUGGAUCGAGUGAUUGUGAAGGUGCUAGCGAACUAGGUGAUCAAUUCGUCCUCGGAUUUGAUAAGGAGCAUGAUGAAAAUGAUGGGGUGGUCUGGAUAAAGCAUCGUAGGGGACCAGGAGAAGUGGAGGAUUAUGAGACGCCAGUUAGGUCUGACCAGCUGGCCAAACGUUUACGAUUUGGGGAAGGUCCCCAGCAGGAGGAGGAAAGAGAGCGCAAACGGGUGAAGUGGCACCAUGGGUUAUCCACGGAAAUUUAUCUGGAUGAGAUCCAUCCUCGACCUAACUCGUGGACCAAGGACUUUGUCGUCGAGAAAGGCUGCUUAGCUCCGACGUCCAAGAAUCUUCGCUUAGACACACUGGGCAACGUGCUGGAUGUUGAGCAGCAUCCACUCACUGACCUUCACCCAGAGAACAUCGUGGUGAAGAAGUUUGUGUAUGACAACGACAUUGAAGUGGUGGUGAAAGAGGUUAUACCCCCGAAAAUCACCAGAUCGAGGAGCAAGAAAAUGAAGAGUUAG